AUUUUUUAGAGACAACACAACAAUUAGCAUGCAUUUACUCUCUCUCUCUCUCUCCCCCUAUAAAAGGACAUCUCAUUCACACCACAAGUCCACAGAAACCACGAGCUCAAACUCAAAUAAGCCAUAGCAUAGCAAGGAAGCUAGAAAGCCCAAAGCGUACACUGCAAACACAUGCUGCCGCUGGUGAACAUGCAGGCUCCGCCGGAGAGAGAGAUCAGCAGGCAGCAGCAGAUGAUGACCAAGGUGUCCAUCACCAUCCUGGUGAUGGCGCUGCCGGUGCUCUACGUCUCCGUCCUCCGCGUGCCGCCGGCCACGCUCUUCCGGGACACCACCUUCUGGUUCCUCAUGUCCAACUCCAUCAUCGUCGUCAUCGCCGCCGACUCCGGCAUGCUCUUCUUCGGCUCCUCCGCUUCCGCUUCCCCGGACGUCGACGACCGCCCCUUCGUCGUCUCCAACUACAACGGCGACGCAGCGGCGGUGCCAAUGGUUAGCGUCUCCAGCGACGAGCCGCUGCUGCCUGUGGUCGUCGUCGAGGACCAACCGUUGGUUGUCGCGAGGGACAUCCUCCUCCAUGGCGACACGGCCGUGGACAGCCAUGCACACGCAUUGGUUGUACGAGGCGAAGAAGAUGUUCGGCCGAAGAUGGCCAUGUCCGGCACGCCGUCCUACGCUUACCCCACCCGUGAGGGUGACGACGACGGUGUGAUGGUGAAAGCGAGGCUGACGGCGAGCAGGAGCCUGGCGAGGGAGGAGAGGGCGGCGAGGAGGCGGCGGAGCAGGUCCCACUCGCACGCGCUCGUGGCCGCCGUGCCCGACCCCGUGGUGGAGGACAAGAGCGUGGUCGUCGUGAGGGACGAGAAGCUCCGGCGCACGGCCACGGAGGGCCGGCGCCAGCCCACCGCCGCAGAGGAGGAGGAGAGCGAGUACUACGCGCGGCUCUCCGACGAGGAGCUCAACCGGAGGGUGGAGGACUUCAUCACCAGGUUCAACAGGGAGAUCAGGCUGCAGGUCGAGAAGGAGGAGCUACAAGCCUGAUCCAUGAAACCUCAGUCCAAAACACAAGAAUUCCACAGGAAAGGAACCAGUUCAGUUCCUGACGGUCGAAAAAAAUUCCUGCCUUCCAAACGGGACCUCAGCCGAAGCUUCGUGCCGCCAUGUCGCGACGCGUGUCGCGCCGCGACCAUGUACAUGUUGUUCUUAGGAGGUUGGGGGUAUUAGCUGGCUAGUAACUUAGUAAGGAGCUUCCUCUUUUUUUGGGUAGAUCGAUCUUCUGGUGGAGAUGGAGUGAGAGUGAGAGGUACAUCAGCGACAGAGAGAUUGUAGCACUUCGAUGAGGCUUUGUAUUUUGCAUGCAUGAGAACAGUGAAUAAACUAAGAGAGAGGGAGCAAGGGAGAUGGAUUAGUAAUAUA